AUGGAUCCAAAAGAAUCGAAACGUGUCGAUUUCAGUUUGUUUGGACCGUAUAAUUCGAUCGAUAAUAAAAACAAUGUACCAGUCUAUGCAACGUCUGGUGCUAAUGCCAUUUCACCAUAUUUGAAUUUUAAUCCACAAAUAUUGAAUCCCAAUGGUUCGAAAUUCAUUUUACCUGAAGGACAAAAAGAACGUCGCGGACGAUUGGAACUCAUGUUUUUCACUAUUGGUGGUUCGGUUAUAGCUGGAAGUUUUAUGGGUAGUAUCGCUGGCUUAUAUCGUGGACUAUGUGAAACGAAAGAUUUGAGAGGACCUGUACGAACGAGUUCAAUUAUUAAUUAUGUUGGUAGACAAGGCGCUACAACUGCCACAGCUGUUGGCUCAAUAGCAUUGAUCUAUAGUCUGACAGGUACGGCUAUUAGUUAUGGACGUGGUGUUGACGAUGAAUUAAAUACACUGGCUAGUGGAACAUUAGCAGGACUUAUCUAUCGAUCGACCUCUGGUUUGCAAAGCGCUGCAAGAGGAGGCCUCGCUGGUUUAGCUAUAGCUGGUCUUGGUGUACUAGUAACAUCAAAAGAUCGUCUGAAACAAUACAUGUAG